UAGUCUGAGACGUUUUGCAUAUUUCUUUCGUUUUCUGUGAUCUUACUAUGGUGAAAUACUUUUAUGUCUGUGGUUCGUUGUGAUCUGCUUUUGGUUGUCUGUGAUUAUGCGCUCUUUGGCCUAAUAAUAUAACGUGCUGUUUGUUUCGCUGCUAAAAUGAAGAUCGGCUUGUGUGCAUAUAGUGGGUAUAAAAUAUACCCUGGCCAUGGGAAAACCAUGGUUAAAACAGACGGGAAGACAUUCACUUUUUUGAACGCGAAAUGUGAAUCUUCAUACUUGAUGAAGAGGAAUCCUAGGAAGGUUACGUGGACGGUUCUUUACAGACGUAAACACAAGAAGGGCCAGGAAGAGGAACAGGCGAAAAAGCGCACACGUCGCACCCAAAAGUUCCAAAGAGCUAUUGUAGGUGCAUCUCUUACAGACAUUAUAGCUAAAAGGAAUAUGAAGCCAGAGGUCAGGAAGGCCCAACGUGAACAGGCUAUCAGGGCUGCAAAGGAGCAGAAGAAGGCUGUAAAAGCAGCAAAGAAAGUUCAGGCACCAACCAAGGCAAAAGCUGUUCCAAAACAGAAAGCAUCCAAAGUUCAGCAGAAGAGUGCACCACGUGUUGGAGGAAAGCGUUGAUAAUAUUAGGUUGUACAUCUUGUGUUAAAUAUAAAUAAAGUGGUGUUAAGUGUAAAAAUCUG